UCUCUCUCUCUCUCUCUCUCAUCCACCAUUUUUGCCCCUUAAAAAACUUAAGCAUUCGUCGUCACACACAACAUCCAACGUUGUUGUUUUUGAAGCAAAUGGGCGUGGACAUGUCGAAUAACCCAUCUCCAACUUCUCACACUAAAGAUUUCUUCGCUUCUCCGGCUCUCUCUCUUAGCCUCGCUGGGAUUUUCCGAAACAGGGAACCUGCUGUGGCUGCCGGGGCUACCGCGUCCAGCAGGGAGGUGGAGGAGGGGGACGAAGGGAGCGGCGGCGGAGGCGUAGGAGGCCGGCGAGAUGAAACAGUGGAGAUUAGCAGCGAGAACUCCGGCCACACGAGAUCCAGAUCGGACGAUAUUGAUUUCGAAGGAGAAGGAGAGCAUGACGAUGACGAUGACGGCGACGGAGACAACAAGAACAAGAAGAAGAAGCGGAAGAAAUAUCACAGGCACACUGCUGAGCAGAUCAGAGAAAUGGAAGCGCUUUUUAAAGAGUCACCACAUCCUGAUGAAAAGCAAAGGCAACAACUUAGCAAGCAACUAGGCCUUGCUCCUAGACAAGUCAAGUUCUGGUUCCAGAAUCGUCGAACCCAAAUCAAGGCAAUACAAGAGCGUCACGAGAAUUCAUUAUUGAAGUCAGAAAUCGAGAAACUGAGAGAAGAAAACAAGCAAAUGCGAGAGACCAUCAACAAAGCUUGCUGUCCCAACUGUGGCAUGGCCACCACAAGCAGAGACUCCGUCAUGUCCACCGAAGAACAACAACUUCGCAUCGAAAACGCCAAACUCAAAGCCGAGGUGGAGAAGUUAAGAGCAGUAAUAGGGAAGUACCCGCAAGGGACGGCGUCUCCGUCGUGUUCAGGAGGGAACGAGCAAGAGAACAGAAGCUCGUUGGAUUUCUACACUGGCAUAUUUGGGCUGGACAAGUCCAGGAUCAUGGAGAUUGUGAAUCAGGCCUUGGACGAACUGGUCAAAAUGGCCACUGUGGGAGAGCCGUUGUGGGUUCGGAGCUUGGAGACUGGUCGGGAAAUUCUCAACUAUGAUGAGUACGUGAAGGAGUUCGCGUCUUCUUCAGGUCAAGGUUCGAGCCAUGCAAGGCCCAAAAGAUCCAUUGAAGCUUCCAGAGAAACUGGGGUUGUUUUUGUUGAUCCCCCUCGCCUCGUUCAGAGAUUCUUAGAUGUGAAUCAGUGGAAGGAGAUGUUUCCAUGGUUGAUAUCAAAAGCAGCAACUGUAGAUGUCAUCUGCAGCGGAGAAGGGCCUCACAGGAAUGGUGCGGUUCAUCUGAUGUUCGCAGAGGUGCAAAUGCUAACACCAAUGGUGGCCACAAGAGAAGUGUAUUUCGUGAGGUACUGCAAGCAACUAAGCGCAGAGCAGUGGGCGGUCGUGGACGUCUCCGUCGACAAGGUUGAAGACAACAUCGAUGCCUCCCUCGUGAAAUGUCGAAAACGCCCCUCUGGCUGCAUUAUUCACGACAAGUCUAACGGCCAUUGCAAGGUAACCUGGGUGGAGCACUUGGAAUGCCAGAAGAGCACAGUCCACACAAUGUACCGCACCAUAGUUAACAGUGGCAUGGCUUUUGGUGCAAGGCACUGGGUUGCCACCCUCCAACUUCAAUGUGAACGUCUCGUUUUCUUCAUGGCCACAAAUGUUCCCAUGAAGGAUUCAACUGGUGUUGCCACGUUAGCAGGAAGGAAGAGCAUGUUGAAGCUUGCCCAGAGAAUGACAAGUAAUUUCUGCCACGCUGUCGGAGCUUCAAGCUUCCAUACAUGGACCAAGGUUACCAGCAAAACAGGGGAAGACAUCAGAAUAAGUUCUAGGAAGAAUUUGAAUGAUCCUGGGGAACCUCUAGGGGUGAUCUUGUGUGCUGUUUCUUCUGUGUGGCUGCCAGUUUCUCCUAACGUUCUGUUUGAUUUCUUGAGGGAUGAAACUCGCAGAUCUGAGUGGGAUAUCAUGUCCAAUGGUGCAUCAGUGCAAUCCAUAGCAAACUUGGCCAAGGGACAGGAUCGAGGCAAUUCAGUAACCGUCCAAACAAUUAAAUCAAAAGAUAACAGCAUGUGGGUUCUGCAAGAUAGCUGCACAAAUGCAUAUGAAUCGUUGGUGGUGUAUGCUCCAGUGGACAUCCCAGGGAUUCAGUCUGUGAUGACAGGAUGUGACUCUAGCAAUCUAGCCAUACUUCCCUCAGGCUUUUCCAUACUCCCUGAUGGGCUGGAUGCAAGGCCAUUGGUCAUAACUUCAAGAGAGGAAGAGGGAAACACAGAAGGAGGGUCUUUGCUCACAGUGGCUUUCCAGGCCCUUACUAAUACAUCUCCUACAGCUAAGUUAACUAUGGAGUCUGUGGAAUCUGUCAACACUCUUAUAUCUUGUACAUUAAGAAAUAUCAGAACCAGCUUACAAUGUGAGGAUGGUUGAUCAAACAUAAAAUUGAUACUAUUAUGAUUGUUAUCAGCUAGAUAGAUAGAUUUAAGUUAGCUUUGAUACGCAUAGGCUUUCUUUCUAGUUAGAGUUAGUGUUUGGUUCAGCAAAAAUAUAGCUUAACUGCUUUCCGAUCAUCCCUUAUUCUGGGUUUGUUUCAUUCAUUGUUCUAGUUGAAAGGAGGGCUUGCAGUAAAUGUACAUCUGAAUCUGGCACUCCAUAGAGAGGAAGAGACACCAAAACUUUUAGAACCAAGAAAUUUAAGGUUGUCUCAUGUAUAGCAUUAUUAUUUUAUUAAUGAAAUGUGGUUUCUUUAUUGUAUUA